AUCCGGCUGCAUUUACAACGACCCCCCGAUUCUACCAAUAUGAGCCUUUCACAAAUACUUGUUUUGGGUACCAGUUCUUCACACUUUCUUUCAAUACCAUCGUUACCGAACCACGAUUUUGCGAACUGGCUUCUUGUUUUGGAAGAACUAUGCAAGUUGGAAAAUCAUUGCGUCUGGGAUUACGCCCCCAACUUGCCUAGGGCCCUCGUUUCUUUAUUGCUUGGCAGACCUUUAAAAAGAGGAAUCAGUAGUCGUGUAGUUUCUCUCCUUGCGCGAAUUGAUGAGAAUUGUCCGCACUCGGUGACGGUUGUACAGUUAGUAAUCGAAUAUAUAAGUAAACUUUUUUUGUUUUUUUUCAAUGAAUAUUAA